GCUGAGCUCUGUAGCCAGAUCGUCUUCUCAGCAUAUGAUGCAAAGAGUUCUUUAAAAUGGAUUUCAGCUCUCCUUUUAUUCUGCAGUGCUUGCUGGUGAUAAUAACUGUUACUCAUGGCUCUGUCACCUGGACCGGUGUGCUCAGCGGCGGCUCAGCAGUCUUUUCUGUGGGAAUUCAAAGUCUGCAGAACUUCUCCAGAAUGAGCAAGAGGGACACGAGAUGCCUCACAAGUGUCUUAGAUGAUACUUUGUCCGCCAAGUGUGGCAAUUCUGCUGUCAGAUACCUGAACUUGCAGAAUGGCUCCCUAGUACUGAGGAGUGUGGAGAAAGAGGACGAAGGAAAUUAUGAGUUUGUUUUUCACAACACCACCAGAUUUUUUACACUGGAAGUAUUUGAGCUGGCCAUUGGUAUCCAGUGCUUCCCUAAUGGGACCGGAGACUUGUCCUGCGACAUGACCAGCAAUGAGAGCACCACGUUUCGGUGGCUGUUGAAUGGCACCAAGCUGAGCACCUCUGAGACUUGCGUUAAGAACUGUGGGAAGAUUCGCCUAGACAAAACCAUGCCUGGGGAAUUUGUAUGUGAAGUUCAGCAUGGGAACAGCGUCAUCAGGUCCAGGCCGGUUGUGCUGUCUUGCAACUACGGAGACCUGCUGCAGUACCCGUGGUUCAUUUACAUCCUGGCAGGGUGCGCAGGGGGUGCGGUUAUCCUGGUGGUGGUUGCGUCCUCGAUCACAUGUUGCUGCAUGAAGAGGAAACACAAGUUCAUCCCAGUGCCUUCAGAGGAGAAGGAUGACGGACUAACAAUGUCCAUGGUCUCCAGUGAAGAUGUGAAGAGCCCCCCCAACGGAGACCACGUCGAGGCUCAAGCUGCCCAAAUCGACUUCCCUCCAAAGCCUGAUACCGCCUGUACUGGUCAAGGCGUUGAGUCCCAGCCCGCCAUGGAAGAAAAUUUACCAGUGGAAAUAGGGCCUGAGGAAAUGCCAGACCCAGAGGUCAUAGUUGACGUGGAAAGCCAGGAAAAUGCCUCGGACUGUUUCCCGGAUCCAACUGAUGACUGAUCUGGCAUGCUUGCUGUUCCACCCUGUCUUGAAGCCUAUGACACCUGUCCUUUGCAUCCCAUAGUCACAUUGUGUGUAAGAAUUGGUCCGGAAAAUUUUAGCAGGGAAAAAAGUGUGGUGUCAGGCAUGAUAACCUCAUUUAAAAAAAAAAAAAAAAGACAAUAUAAGAAAAAGCACAUGUGUGGCUUCAAGGCCGCACUGCUGUGGGCUGACAGGUUCACUAAGAAAGCUGGGCAGCUCUUUGAUGCUUUGCCUGUUAACAGACAUGCAUUUAACCUGUGGAGCCCUAGAGGACAGCCUGAAACAAGAUGGGCAGGUCCUCCUGCUCCCUGCCCACCCCAUGCCUUGCCUUGUCUUCACCAGCCAGCAGUUCCCGUGAGGGACAGGCAUGACGGGUGGAUUGAGGUAGCCUGCCAGUCCCAGACAGAAACAAGGAACUGCCAGAAAUUUCCUGAGAAAACCUCUUCUCAGGAAAUUUAAAGGCAUUUUUCGCAGGCCCUGCAAAAAAGCUCGAUGGAGGGUUCAGCUUGGUAUCUGCUGUGCCGGCUGUUCAUCUGAAUCGCUCCUCUGAGCUCCAGACCCUUUGUGAUUUGGCACUCACUGCUUGCUGCGAGGGGCCAAGAGUGGUGCAGGGGGCUGCUGCGUGCAGACCCUGGGAGGUGACGCUGGCUUGCUCACUUUUCGAUGCCCUGUAAUGGCAGGGGGCUACUGGUUACCUUUCAUCAGCAUUUAACUGCUUGGGUUGCCAGUGGGUUAAAAUAGCUCUGUCACUAGCUUGCUUGCUUGCAGCAGAAGGGUGCCUGGGGCUUGGGUGUGUAAUUUUGGCAGAAAUGUUGAUUAUAAUGCUGAGAUCGUUCAUCAGUGCAAGCAUUAGUGCCUUUACUGUAAUGGUUUAGCUACUGCAAGCUGAUUAAGCUGGCCAUCUGCCUGUGCAUGUAGGCUUUUUCAGUGCUGUGUUAUUUGCACAGAGAGAGGCAAUUUAUAGAAUCUCUUAGGCAAGUCUUGCUGCUCCGCACGUCCUGUCCUGCUCAGGGGAGGUUUGUGAGUGGAGCGGCUGGGGUAGACCUGCAGGGAAGAAGGACAAGGUGAGGAGCGGGCAAGGACUCGGUCCCAGGCAGCAGGUAGCUGAGUCCCUGGCAAAGCUGCCAGGGGCUGCAGGGCUGUCAGGCCACAGGGAAUGCUGCAGGGUGCACUGCCAGAGCAAGGUGUAUGUACUGUAUAAGUGCAUUUUGGUAGUUGGAAGCGAGGCACGUUGGUGUUAAACUAGCCCAAUAAGAUAGAAAGGCAUGGUAGAGUAAAAGCAGAGAUGGUACAGAUUGGGGCUGAAAGGGAUAGGGAGGUGUGUAUUGCAUUCUUCUCUCUUCCCUUGUCAUUCUGUCCCUGUUUUAUAUUGUGUUGACAUUGUGCCAUGAAUCCCUUGGAAACAGAUUUACGGUAUGCUUUGUAAAUGCCACCCAACGAGGUCUGCAAGUACCCCAGCAAGAUCAAAACCAAGCUGAAUGCUUCUCUCCCAGGCGGGGGAGCUGGUGGGACAGCUGCAUGCUCACCUGGAAGUCCUCUCUGUUUGUGUACAUGGCAAAGCUCUGCAUCGGUGACGCCCAGCCAUAGGUUGUUCUUGUUGUUUCCUUGUCCUGUGACUCCAUUUAGAAGAUUUUUGGAUCUUGUGUGCUGUGUUGGUGGUGAUUCAGCCUGUCUCUGCUUUUUAAGGCUGCCGUAGGAAUCAGAUUUUCCACGGUAAGAGGGAGAUAAUAAUUCUUUUCAUCAUGGUGCUGCGCUAUCUCCUUUCAGUACAAACAUUCCUCAGAGGCCGUGAGUUGAAUGACAAAAAUGCGAUACCGAGCGCUUAGGAUGGCAGCUGCCUGUAGGCAGCACAGCGGCAGUGACGCUGGGUGGACAGGGGCCAGCAUCGCCGAAAUGGGGGGGAUGUAGUCAGCUUUGCUUCUCUGCUGCACUUUCUGGCAGGAGCAGGCAGGGGACAGUCGACUCCAGCACAUGCUUAACCUCGAGGGCUGAGCAGUGCUCUGAGCUGCGCGGGAGAAGAUGCCAGCAUUUCGGGUGCUGAGGGUGACAGGGCUGGGCCAGCCUUGUCCCCCUGGGCUGCCCCAGUGCCACCUUGCUGCUGUCAGCCCUGGGAGGGCUGGGGGUGCCCUGACAGCUGUCAGCACUGCCGCCGGUCUAGCCCCAGGCUGGGAAAGAUUUUUCCCAUUGAGAUGGGAAACUGAGACUCAAGACAUCUUUACGAGGCAGAUAGGACACAGCUGGUUUUCUGUCCUUCCCCACUGAAGAAGGCAAAAGUUUCUGUUACUAUGAGGUCAGAAGAGAAGUCGUGCAGCCUGUGCUCCUCCUUUAACUGUAUGUGUUCAUGCCCAGCUAUUGUUUGGGGUUUUUUGGUGUUUUGUUUUCAUUUC